AUGCCAACAAACGGGGAACCAGAGACCGACCCACUGGAUGGAGCUGACUAUAACCCUAUCGAACACCUAAACGCUAUCUUCUCCCAUCCGUCGACCCUUGCCGCCGUGCCCAAGACCUCCCAAGCCCUCAAGGUAUACCAAGAUGAACUUGACGAAGAUAUCUCUGCACUCGUGGAAGCGCAGGCAGCUUCCAACCUGGAAAGCGUUGAGCGUAUCCGCAAUGCAAAAGAAGACAUGGCCGAGCUGUUCAAGAAGAUCGAGGAAGUCCGUGAACGAGCCCUGAAAACGGAGCAGGCGAUUACGGCAAUGACAGCCGACAUCAAGCAACUGGACAAUGCAAAAGGGAAUUUGACACUGUCUAUGACAACGCUGAAAAGGCUUCAGAUGCUUACUACCGCGUACGAGCAGCUGAAAGCACUAAGCAAGUCAAGGCAAUACCGGGGUUGCGCGCAAUUACUCCAGGCCGUGAUACAAUUGAUGGCGCAUUUCAAAUCAUACCGUUCGAUUGAUCAAAUUGCUACCCUGAGCCGAAAUGUAGCAGAUAUACAACGGGAGCUGUUGGAACAGGUUUGCGAGGACUUUGAGAUCAUAUUUGCCAAGGGUGAGACAGCGCAGAAGAGAAAUAUCCUAGCCGAGGGCUGUCUAGUCAUGGAAGCGUUGGGAGAUAUGGCCAAAUCACGGCUCAUCACUUGGUAUUGUAACACACAACUAAGAGAAUACCGUCAGGUUUUUAGAGGAAACGAGGAGGCCGGAUCCCUGGAUAAUAUCUCUAGGAGAUAUUCCUGGUUUAAAAGGAUGCUAAAAACCUACGACGAAGAACAUAUGACAAUUUUCCCAGCCUCGUGGAAAGUCAACGAAGUUUUAGCAAACAUCUUCUGUGAAGGUACAAGGGAUGACUUUAAAGGGAUAUUGUCCAGGUCAGUUCGCAGCGGACAAACUAUGGAUGUUAAUCUUAUAUUAUCUUGUCUUCAAGAAUCCCUUGAUUUCGAGCAAUACCUUGAUAGGCGUUUUACCAAUGCUUCCCGUGCAUCUACGGAUACCUUUGCCUCCAGUGAAACACCUAUUUUCUCGCAGACCAUAUCUGAAGCAUUCGAGCCUUAUCUGAGUUUGUGGGUAUCUGCUCAAGACAAGCAGCUUGACACCCUCAUCCGAAAGUAUAGGGAACAGCCGAUUAAACCGGAGGAUGAGGAAUAUUCUCCACAACUGGUUGUACACUCUUCAACGGAGCUUUUUACGUUCUACCGCUUAUCCCUUGCACAAUGCGCCAAACUCUCCACGGGCAACUCUCUUGCAGAAUUAACGAAGGUAUUUGCAAGAUACUUGGAUCAAUAUGCUCAGCAAGUCCUACUUCAUUAUAUCAGUGAUCGCCCAGGGAAUCAGGCUUCAUCCAAACUGCCAUCAUGUGAGGACCUUACCAUGGUACUCAACACUGCAGAUUAUUGCUAUACAACUUGCAAUCAACUCGAAGACAAAAUCAGGAGCAAGAUAGAUGAGCCCUUCAAGCAACAAGUCGAUCUCCAGAGCCAGGCGGAUUCGUUCAUGGGAAUAGCUAGUGCGAUUGUCCGUCUGCUUGUGCGGAAAGUUGAUAUCGGAUUGGAACCAGCCUGGAGAGAAAUGCGGAAUACAAGUUGGAGUGCACAGGAUGGCGUCGGAGAUCAAAGUCCAUACGUUGAAGUUCUUUUGUCCAACUUGAAAUCGAAAUCGGAUGAGACUUUAGGGAUGCUUCACAAACAGCAGUAUCAGCGAGCCUUUGCUGAUAACCUGGUGGAACAUACGUCAACAAGUUAUAUCUCAAAUAUAUACCAGUGCAAGCCCGUUUCAGAAGCUGGUGCAGAACAGAAAAUUGAUACCCUUCUUAAAACUCUGCAGGUCCGAGCUGUUCCGCCAGAGGCGCUUGUACAGGCGUAUCUGAUUCAUAUUGCUGACAGAAAUGACAACAACUUCAGAAAAAUACUGGACAUAAAGGGGAUAAGAAGUAAACAGGAACAGAAUCGUCUUGUCGAACUGCUCCAGGCUCAUAAGACGUCCAAUCGCCAUGCUCCCAACCUACAAGAGAGCAAUCCUUUAAUUUCUUAUUUACAACCACCGGCUCCUGCACCUACUGCCCCCACUGUAGCACAGGGCCUUGGGCUGGCUAAUCUCGGGGGAACCCCAACUUCUUCCUCUGGAGCCAACGCGCUCCCUACACGCUUCGAUCCAUCAAUGCUUGGCUCUGCUCUUAUAUCGGCUGCUCGUGACGGGGUUGAUAGACUUGGGACGCCAGGUUUGGGCAACCUCGGAAAUACGCCUGGCGGAAUUUCGGCCAGCAGUGGCCGUGCCGUGGCCGGCUCAGUGGCCCAGUCUGGAUCAGGAACACCGCUAUCAAAUCAGAACAUAAGUUCUACGGGACAGAAUGCAGAUGCAAGUGAAGGGGCCUCUUCUGCCGCCGCAAACCUGAAUGAGAAUCUCAAAAACAUCGGAAAGUUCUUCCGUCGAGAUCUCAGUGGUUUGGGUGGAAGGUUUGGAAUAGGUGGUGAUGACAGUGGUCAGAGGUGA